AUGGCUUCUGCGAAAUGUUUCCAUGAAAUACUUGAACUUUUGAUUGGUCUGAUUGAUGAGAUUUGUACCAUCUUUUUAAGGUUGUGGCACUUGAAGUGGGAGAUUUUGCUACAGUUCGGUCCAUUCUUGAUGGUAUUUCUGGCCUUUGUCACUUUUGUCCUUUGGAAUGGAAGUGUAGUCCUUGGUGCGAAAGAAGCUCAUGCCGUCUCCCCACAUUUUGCACAGAUAAUGUAUUUUGGUCUGGUUACUGCUCUGGCCAUGGCUCCUUUGCAUCUCACUCUAGGCCGAGCUACAGCCCUGUGGAGGGCAUUCUGGAGAAUGAGACCCAUGAGUUUCAUUAAAGGGCUUGUGGUUCUUUUGGCUGGGUUUCUUGCUGUACGUUUUUUCAGCAUAGCACACCCAUAUCUCCUUGCUGACAACCGGCAUUACACUUUUUAUCUCUGGCGGAAGUUUAUUAGAGCUCAUUGGUCAAUGAAGUACAUUCUGGUUCCUUUUUAUGCUUACUCAUGGCUUUCUAUCUGCAGUAACUUGGGAAAGGUUCAAAAGAAUAUUUGGAUCUUGAUAUUUUUCUGCGCCUCUGCAGCAGUUCUCAUCCCUGCUCCAUUGAUUGAGUUCAGAUAUUAUACCGUACCAUACCUUUUUCUGAUUCUUCAUUCUCAGAUGGAGGAUGACAAAAUUUGGUUUUUUAUGGGGACCCUUUACGUAGUUGUCAAUACCUUCACAAUGCUGAUGUUUUUGUUUCGGCCUUUCCAUUGGGACCAUGAACCUGGGAUCCAGAGAUUUAUAUGGUAGCUAGUUACAAAGUAAACGUGAUGCCGAGAGAAAGGAAUGGAAGACAGCAGAAAGAAAGGCUAGACAAGCUGCUGAGCAAGAAGCAAAGAUGCCUGGGGAGAAAGAAAUUGUGAACUAGUUGCUCAGGAGCAAACCAUCAAUGGGCGUGAUUCAAGUUGUAUUGUCAGAGUAACCAUGUAUUUGAUAUGUUACAUGUGACGAGCCAAAAUGGAUAGUUUUUUACAUUUUUUAACUUCCUUGAUUUGUGUGGAAGUGACUUGUCAGUAAGAACUACAAAUUCUUUAAAUUUUAUUUUUGUAUUGUUUUUUUUGUUAUUUCAAGAGGGAAAAAAAUAUUCUAUAAGACAA